AUGGCUCUCCUCUCAGAACGGACGCCGGUUAGACUCAUCCAGUUAGCCCUGUCCCAGGCCCAGUGGGACUGUGUGAAUGCCAAGUACAAACAGAAGAAGCGCAAUUACAAGAAUUCUGGGGUAGUGGUUCUGGCAGACCUGAAGCUCCACAGGGUCCACUCCUUCCUGGAUUACAUCAUGGGUGGCUGCCAGAUCCACUGCACGGUAGCCAUCGACUUCACAGCCUCCAACGGUGACCCAAGGAACAGCUGCUCCCUCCACCACAUCAACCCUUACCAGCCCAACGAGUACCUGAGAGCCCUAGUGGCAAUGGGCGAGGCCUGCCAAGAUUACGACAGUGACAAGCGAUUUUCUGCUUUGGGAUUUGGAGCUCGGAUCCCUCCCAAGUAUGAGGUGUCCCAUGACUUUGCCAUCAAUUUCAACCCUGAGAACGAUGAAUGUGAAGGAAUCCAGGGCGUGGUCGAGGCCUACCAGAACUGCCUGCCUAAGGUCCAGCUCUAUGGCCCCACCAAUGUGGCACCCAUCAUCUCCAAGGUGGCCCGCAUGGCAGCAGCUGAAGAGCGCACGGGGGAGGCCUCUCAAUACUACAUACUGCUGAUCCUCAUGGACGGUGUGGUAACUGACAUGUCAGACACGCGAGAGGACAUUGUCCGUGCCUCCCACCUGCCCAUGUCCGUCAUCAUCGUUGGGGUGGGCAACGCAGACUUCACUGAUAUGCAGAUCCUAGACGGGGAUGACGGAGUCCUGCGCUCCCCACGCGGUGAGCCUGCACUCCGCGACAUCGUUCAGUUCGUGCCCUUCUGUGAGCUCAAGAAUGCGUCCCCUGCGGCACUGGCCAAGUGUGUGUUGGCCGAGGUGCCCAAGCAGGUGGUUGAGUACUACAGCCACAAGGAACUGCCUCCACGCAGCCUUGGUGUCCAAACUGGAGGGGCCGGUCCCAGCUCAGCACCAUGAGGGUGCCAGGCAAGGGGGCCCUGAGCAACAUGUCCAUCUGCAGCACCUCCUGAGCCCCCAGAGACCCCUCAGAAAUUUCCCGUCUAGCCCAGGCCCCAGCCCUCUACUCCUGUGUUCUUCUGGUCUGGUCGAUGGCCCUACUUCCCAAGAUGAAG